CGUCCCUGUUCUUCCCAGGAGGCUCCUCGCUGCCUGGUGCCGUAGAGGCCCAUGGAGGAAAAGGAAGAUAAGCAUCACCCAGGUUAGAUCGCCGUUCUCCAUCCGACAUCGUAGAGUAAAAGCCAAGGCACCUCCAAUGGCCUAUGGAGUCUACACAACGCGCCCCUUCCCGUUUCUUGCCUCCCUCUGACAGGACUCUGCUACAGCAAACAGGCCUUUCUGCUAUCAUCUGCAGUGAUGAAGACCAGCAUCAGCAGCACCUGGUUGUUAGGAAUGCAAAUUUUGGGGACUUCCCACCCCCGAGACACACAGAAUCAGAAACUCCAUGGCUGGGGCUCAAUAAUCUGGCUUCAACCAAGGCAUCCAGACAGCAUAAAAUAGAGGAUGCUGCUAUAACAUAUGUAACUGAAAAUGAAGAAAUUAAACACGAAGAAAAACCUGGAAAAAGCAUACAUCAUUCAAAACCACAUGUUGGAAGAGGACGUAUAUAUUAUGCUAAAUUCAUUAACACAAAUGCAAGAACAUACAAUGAACCAGUUCCCUACAUAGAUCCCAAAAAAGGGCCAGAAAUACAGGGUGACUGGUGGUCACAUGGUAAAGCACUGGAACCUGUCUUCCUACCACCUUAUGACUCUAAGAGCACCCAGAGGAGUGACUUCCAAAAACCAUCGUGUCCACUGGUUUUCCCAGUCAAACACAGCAAGACGCAAAAGCCUUCUUGUGGAAUAGUACCACUUGCCUCUCCUGGUACAUCAGCAGAACUUCAAAACAAUUUUAUAGAAUACAUCUCUUUUAUACAUCAAUAUGAUGCCAGAAAAACUCCGAAUGUGCCUCUCCAGGGAAAGAGACACGGAGCUUUUGUACAGAGAGAGAUAAAACCAGGGAGUAGGCCAACAGUUCCUAAAGGAGCAGAGGUAUUACUGAACACUCCAGGGUCAGGUUCAUCAGAACAGUCCAAAAAAACAGAGAAAGGAAACUCAGCGGAAAGCAGAAUGAUCUCACCAGGUCUCUGCCAACAAAAUUCUCAAGAGCUGUUAGAGCCUAAAACUCACUUAUCAGAAACAGACGUCAGACAGGCAGCCAAGGCAUGCCCCAGCACUCCUGAGAGCGGAGAAAAGACCUCAGGCGCCACUCAAACAACUGUAGGAGAUGCUCUUUUCACUAGGCACAAGCCUUUAAAUCCACCAAUUAAAAAAUCAGAAUAAAUUACCCUCUUCAGAUAAAAAUCUAAUCCCUGGAAUAUAGGGAAAUUUCACAAUCAUCAUCUUGGCCCUCACAUUUACUUUUCUGUUAUCAGUAACUUCAGAACAUACAAUUUAUGUAAAUGGAAAAAUAGAAAAAAGACAAUUAAAAUACAACCAAAUGUUAUUAAUAA